GGAGAGUAGUACAUUUUACUUAGGAAAAGGAUCUUCCAUUUUUGGAUCUGCUACAGAAGCUCACAAAAAGCAAGGAAAUCAAAUCUAUUGUAAAUUGGAACUAAGUUGUCAAAGGACUUUGUGUGGUGCUGCAAUAGAGACUGGAGAAGUGGAACAAGAUUGCGAUGGUAUAUUUCCAGCGAGGAAGUCCGGGAUUUCGGCGCCUGCUGAUCUCCUUUGUGCUUCUCGCAGCCUGGGAGGCAGGGAGCGGCCAGCUCCACUACUCCAUCCCCGAGGAGGCCAAACACGGCACCUUCGUGGGCCGCAUCGCGCAGGACCUGGGGCUGGAGCUGACGGAGCUGGUGCCCCGCCUGUUCAGAGUGGCGUCCAAGGACCGCGGGGACCUUCUGGAGGUAAAUCUGCAGAAUGGCAUUUUGUUUGUGAAUUCUCGGAUCGACCGGGAGGAGCUGUGUGGGCGGAGCGCGGAGUGUAGCAUCCACCUGGAGGUGAUCGUGGACAGGCCGCUGCAGGUUUUCCACGUGGAGGUGGAGGUGAAGGACAUUAACGACAACCCGCCUAAAUUCUCACGACCUGAACAAAGAUUAUUUAUUUUAGAGUCAAGAAUGCCAGACUCGCGGUUUCCGGUAGAGGGCGCAUCUGAUUUGGAUAUAGGAGCCAAUGCAGCCUUGAGUUAUAAGAUAAAUCCUAAUGAAUAUUUUGACUUGGAUGUUAAAAGAAACGAAGAAGAAACAAGCGUUUUACAACUAGUUUUGAAGAAGCCCCUAGAUAGAGAAGAAACCCAAGAGCAUCGUUUGUUGCUCAUUGCAAUUGAUGGAGGGAAACCUGAACUAACAGGUACUGUUCAGUUACUGAUUGAUGUGUUGGAUGCAAAUGAUAAUGCUCCGGAGUUUGAUAAAUCUAUUUAUAAUGUUAGAUUGUUAGAAAAUACACCCAACGGGACAUUAGUCAUUAAACUCAAUGCUUCAGAUGCGGAUGAGGGAAUUAAUAAAGAAAUACUGUAUUUCUUUAGUAAUCUUGUUCUUGACGAUGUAAAAUCUAAAUUUACGAUAGAUUCUUCCAGUGGAGAAAUAAAAGUUAAGGGCGAACUGGAUUACGAAGACUGUAAAGUAUAUGAAAUUAAUAUUGAUGCAGUGGACAGAAGCGCAUUCCCACUAGCAGGACACUGCAAAAUUAUAGUGAAACUAGUGGAUGUAAAUGAUAACGUGCCUGAGAUGGCCAUAACCUCCAUUUUUUUGCCUAUCAAAGAGGAUGCUCCAUUGGCGACUGUCAUCGCUCUGAUUAGCGUGUCAGAUCGUGACUCAGGCGCCAAUGGGCAGGUGACCUGCUCCUUGACACCCCACAUCCCCUUCAAGCUGGUGUCCACUUUCAAGAAUUACUAUUCGCUUGUACUGGACAGAGCUCUGGACCGAGAGACUAUCGCUAACUACGACGUUGUUGUGACCGCUCGCGAUGGAGGCUCGCCCUCCUUGUGGGCCACGGCCAGCGUGUCCGUGGAGGUGGCUGACGUGAACGACAACGUGCCUGCGUUUGCGCAGCCCGAAUACACUGUGUUCGUGAAGGAGAACAACCCGCCUGGUGCGCACAUCUUCACGGUGUCAGCGAUGGACGCUGAUGCACAGGAGAACGCGCUGGUGUCCUACUCGCUGGUGGAGCGGAGGGUGGGCGAGCGCUUGCUGUCGAGCUAUGUGUCUGUGCACGCGGAGAGCGGCAAGGUGUUUGCGCUGCAGCCUCUGGACCAUGAGGAGCUGGAGCUGCUGCAGUUCCAGGUGAGCGCGCGGGAUGCUGGUGUGCCUGCCCUGGGCAGCAAUGUGACUCUGCAGGUGUUUGUGCUGGAUGAGAACGACAACGCACCCACGCUGCUGGGGCCUCAGGGUAGCGGAGGAACUAUUGAGUUGUUGUCCAGGUCAGUGAGUUCUGGCCAUGUGGUUGCGAAGGUGCGUGCAGUGGACGCGGAUUCUGGCUACAACGCGUGGCUGUCUUAUGAGUUGCAGCCUGCGACAGGUGCUGUGCGCAGCCCGUUCCGCGUGGGGCUAUACACUGGUGAGAUCAGCACAACUCGUGUUCUGGAUGAAGCGGACAUGCCGCGUCAACGCUUGUUGGUGCUGGUGAAGGAUCACGGCGAGCCACCUCUGACAGCCACGGCCACUUUCCUGGUGUCUCUUGUGGAGAACAGCCAGACCCCGAAGGUCUCAUCCAGGGUGUUGGUUGGAACCUCUGGUUCAGACUCCACGCUGAUAGAUGUCAACGUGUACCUAAUCAUCGCCAUUUGUGCGGUUUCCAGUCUGUUGGUGCUCACCCUGCUUCUGUACACAGCGAUUCGCUGCUCAGCGACGCCCACUGAUGGAGCCUGUGCUCCAGGAAAGCCAGUGCUGGUGUGCUCCAGCGCGGUAGGGACCUGGUCAUACUCGCAGCAGAGGCGACAGAGGGUGUGCUCUGGAGAAGGUCCACCCAAGACCGACCUCAUGGCCUUCAGUCCCAGCCUACCUCAGGGACCCAGCUCUACAGAGAAUCCCCGGCAGCCCAACCCUGACUGGCGCUACUCUGCCUCGCUAAGAGCAGGCAUGCACAGCUCUGUGCACCUGGAGGAGGCUGGCAUUCUACGGGCUGGUCCAGGAGGGCCUGAUCAGCAGUGGCCAACAGUAUCCAGUGCAACACCAGAACCUGAGGCAGGAGAGGUGUCCCCUCCGGUGGGCGCCGGUGUCAACAGCAACAGCUGGACCUUUAAAUACGGACCAGGCAACCCCAAACAGUCCGGUCCCGGUGAGUUGCCAGACAAAUUCAUUAUCCCAGGAUCUCCUGCAAUCAUCUCCAUCCGGCAGGAGCCUGCUAACAACCAAAUUGACAAAAGCGAUUUUAUAACCUUCGGCAAAAAGGAGGAGACCAAGAAAAAGAAGAAAAAGAAGAAGGGUAACAAGACCCAGGAGAAAAAAGAGAAAGGGAACAGCACGACGGACAACAGUGACCAGUGAGGCCACCAAAUGGAAACAAGCCACUUAGCCAGUUUUUGUAAUAAUGGCAAAUCUCUCCCAUGUAGCAACUCCCCGCUCCUUUCUCCUAUGACAUGAGCCCUCAGAAAUCUGCAGAAAGUUCCCUGUGUCUGUCUUGAUCGCAUUUAACAGGUUUUGUCUUAAAAAGCUUUCCUAAGUCUGGUGUUAACUCUCUCUCUCUCCACUCUGGCUUGUUUUCAGAACCUAAAAAGCAGACCCAGGUUUCCUUUCUCCCCCGCCGCAAAGGAGAAGCUUCCCAGCCCCGCCAGUGAGAGUUGGACUCUCUGCCCUGUGCUUCAAGCAUCCUGUCUUGAUGAUAUUUGCAGGGCAGGCUGAAAGGUAUUCAGGUUGAGCAGUUGGGUGUUUGUGGUCACUGGGUAUGUGUGGCUACCAAGAGUGUUGGAGAGCCUGGUAUUGGCUGGGAUGGUCCAGAUUAGACUAGUUAACACAAGGAGGGCUGGGGCUCAAAGGCACAUCAACACCGGGAGUCUUUCAUCUGGAGGGGGAAAAUGUGAAACUUACAAGGACCAGACUUUCUCAAUCUCUCAACUAGACAUAUGAUGGCCAUCCUCUAACAGACAAAACCAUCCCCACCGGCAAAGCUUUAGGAGCCCCUCAAGUGUGCUGGCUAUAACAUCACUGUAUUCAAAACCUGCAGUAUGCACACGAGCCAGCAGUUCAAGCGUUUAACAAGAGGGUCGGCCAGGGCAACAGAAGCAGAUCUGAUGUGUUUCCUGUACACGUCCUUGUGCUCACGCUAUUAAAAAUUCUUUUGCACACAAUGUUUAUGAAAAGGUCUCAUCCUUUUCCAACAACACAUAUGCAAAAGCAAAAGAAAAACCCAAGACCUCACUUUAUGCUGUUUGUUGUUUGAUAGAUUUAUUAAAAAGAAAAGAGAAAGUCGAUAGCUAUAAAUCUUUAAAGGAAUAUGAUGAAUACAAUCCCCCCAACCUUCCCUCAAAAGAGAAUCCAGUCUACAGCCAUUUGAAAUGAUCGUUGCUGCUACAGAAGUGCUUUAAGAGAAUUGCCUGGAACAUCUGUAUUAUCCCGGCCACCUGCCAAUCACAGCUUUACUCUUUCAGGUCACUCUGGGGCUGCCUCUUGCAUGUAUUAAUUACUAAAUAGAAGGAUCUUUCUCUCUUUUCUAAGAAAAAUGAUGUGCACUUUGAUUACACAACCUUCUCUAACCCACGAUAUCAAGACCCAGAAACUGAAGAAAAAUCUUGUUUUCUCAUGCAUACAGUGAGCAGACUUUUCAUUCCUCUGGUUCUGUGGUUGUCUCGGUGUGCUAGCCUACACCUCCACCUUGUUUAGCUUUCCUUUUCUAGAACACUCUGAAUUGCUAACCUUACUAACACCUAUGAUGUUACCUGAAUCAAUCUCCCAUAUGUAUGCUGUAUGCUAUUAUAAGACUCCUGAGAUAUACUUACUCUGUGCUUGUGUAUGUGAAUGUUAAUGCAACUAUUACCUAGAGUGAACUUUAAGCUUUAUUGUUGAAUGUAAGCCCAUUAUAUUUCCUUUUGUACACCUGUGGAAAAGUGGAAUAGUGUUUUUUUUAAAACCAUUGUUAAUCAGCUUUUGUGUAUGAAAGACACAGUAAAAUUUCUUUCUUAAAUCAAGAUGCUGGUGAUUCAAGGAAUUUUAUUUAUGGUCAGCCAAGGGCUGUCUCUUGCCAAGAAUCCUGCUGGCAAGGGAAAAUGGAUAAAGCUGGUUUUUUUUUUUCCUAGUAAGAAUUCUGGAAUAAAUACUGAAGAAAGUCCCUGAGGGUAUGCAAGCACAAAAUUGUACCAAUCUGACCUCUUUGAAUUUGCAGACUGCUUUGAAAUGCUAUCCGGAAUAUCAGCUUGUAGAAAGUAAUAAAAUUUACUGUUACCAUAAAUAAGACAUUUUAAGUUUAUUGUGCACAACUUAGAUGUUUGAUUAAUUAUAUUAUCUACUUAAAAGCAUAUAAAAGAGGUAGGAGUCUGUUUUAAAAGGCAUAAAAAAUCUCAAAAAAAAAAAACCUGUCUUGUCUACUUUUAGCUUCAUUCUCCCAUAUUUUGAAGGGUGUGUAACUUCAGCUCUGCAGGAUUGCAUGGGGUAAAACUCGUUGACAGCGCAUGUGAACCAUUGCUACAUUGUAGGUUGUGAUCAUUUUGCCCCACUGAAGCCCAUGUAACUGACCUUACGUGCCUUUUGAACUAGGAGAAUCGGGCUAUAAUUUAUUAAUGAUGAUAAUGAUAAUGUAUAUGUACAGCACUUUUUAACCUUACAAAGUGCUUUCCAAUUCGUGUUAGUUAUUAGUUAUUACAGCUGUAAGGAUAAAACACGUCAUGUGGAUUCAUUUUUAAUUGGUGCUAUUGGUAUUUCCUCUGUUCUUGCUAAUAAAUGGAAAUGGUGGUGUGAAAGC